UGCAGGUGAGUAAAUAAAAACUGCUCGCUCUUUUUCUUGGAGCACAACUGCCGAGAGAGGUGCAGGUAGCAGAGGUGUAAGAGAGAAUAUGAGUGGACAGUGUUCAGUGUCAGGGGCAACAAAAAUGGUGACGAAGCUCUUCAACAUCCUGGUGCUUUUUACUUUUCUCAGUGUGGCAUGUUUUGUUGUGCUUUCAGUCUACAGCAAAGACAGCACUUUGUGUGUUUUUCAAAAGCCACAACGUAUGGCAAAUGGAAACAACACACUUUCCCAGUGGAUAAAUAAACUUGCUCAGCUGAAGACUAAAGCUCCAAAUGCUGGCCAAGAAAAGACACAGAUGCCACCCACUACAAAUGAGACUCUGGGACCCUGCCCUGACACACCUCCAAAUCUUGUGGGUGUAAUCCAUGUGGAGUUCAAUUUUGCACGGACUUUUGAUGAGGUCAGAAAGGAGCUCACUUCUCUUCAGGAAGGAGGACGGUACAAACCACCAGACUGUAUUGCCCAGCAGAAGGUGGCGAUCAUCAUCCCAUUCAGAAAUUGGCAUGAGCACCUUAAGCACUGGCUGUAUUACCUCCAUCCUAUUUUGAUUCGACAGCAGUCGGACUACAGAGUGUAUGUCAUCAACCAGGAUGGAAAGGGAGUGUUCAACAAGGCUAAACUGAUGAACGCAGGCUUUGUCGAAGCACUGAAGGAAUAUGAUUUUGACUGUUUUGUCUUCUCUGACGUAGAUCUGGUUCCUAUGGAUGACCGUAACCUCUACAGAUGUUUUGACAGUCCCCGACACUUGUCUGUGGCUGUAGAUAAAUUCAACUUCAAGUUACCCUAUAAAACCAUCUUUGGUGGGGUUAAUGCAUUGUCCAAGGAGCAGUUCUUUAAGAUUAACGGCUUCUCGAACACUUACUGGGGCUGGGGUGGUGAGGACGACGAUAUGUAUAAGCGAAUUUACCACCAUGGAAUGUCCAUUUCCCGACCUGACAUGGUGACAGGAAAGUACAGGAUGAUCAAACAUGACAGAGACUUGCACAAUGAACUCAACCCAAAGAAUCUUGUCAAACUGAAGCAAACCCACUGGAGCAUGAAUGAAGAUGGAAUUAAUUCAUUAAAGUAUACAGUCAAGGAGAUCAUAAAGGAUAAACUGUUCACUUACAUCAAUGUGGAUAUUAAUGCUCCACCGAGCUGAAUGAGGAUGGAACCUGUGGAUCUGCUUUUGACUAUUGAUUCAUCGGUGUCACAGUGUCAGACUGAAACAAAAGGAGGUGGAACUGGUGUGAUUUUGUGUCCUUAAAAUCUCUGGGAAUCCAGUUUGUCUUGGUGUUGACCUGUGUGUGUCUGUCCAGGUGAACUAAAGUAAAUGUGAACUUUAUGAGUAUGAAGUUUCUUUCAGUCCUUGAAUGUCAACCAUUACUCCGUAUCUAAAUAGUAAUCCAUCAUAGCUUUCACACAUAACUCAAAUGUAUAAUCACAACUACCUUCACAUGUGAUGCAUUGAGCUACUCUUGGUGAUAGAUUCAGACACAGCAACAGUCUGAAAAUGACCAAGGGAAGAUGUGGUUGGGACAGAUUGACUCAAAAGACAUUUUACAUCCCACCUUAAUUGUUAUGUAUUGUAAGGGCACAUAUGGAAUAGAUGGCACUAAGGACAAACAACAGUGUUUUCCUUCUCACAGUUAUUCUGAAUGUAUUUACAGUACAAUGCAAUAACAACUGUCAGCGUCCACUGUAAAUAUGCAACAUACUGGGAUGUGUGAUGAAAUGAAUCAGGGAAAAUUCAUUUAGGUGUCACUGCACUGGUUGAUGUUGAAGUCUUUUCUGAAGCUGGGUUUACUGCUUGAAGUUAUUUAUGGUUAUCUUGGAAUGAAAUAGUGUUCAGCAAAACUGAUGUAAAAACUGUUCCUUUGCUUUGUAAGUUGUAACGAUGUUUUAGAAAAUUGAGAAGAACUGAAAUAAAAAUGUAUGGCCACUAUGAUCCA